UACGUGCUAGGAAUAACACUUGAAGACGUGUUAUUCCUAGCACGAAUUAGGAUUGACGGCACAGCUGUACUUGUGAAAGAUUAUAGCAAUAAACAUUGCUUUGACAUAUUCGGAGAGGAGAUAGAUGAUUUUGAGAAGUUGUAUGAUAUCAUAUAUGACAAUAGUUUGGAUUGGAAGAAGCGUAAGGCAGCACUGUUAAUGGUAAUAGUGCAAUGCAUUAUUAUGCCAACUUCCGAUGGGAAAAAAUACUAUGCUGCACUUUUUGAGUGUUUAAGGGAUCCUGAUGAGACAUCGGGAAAGUAUGCGUGGGGGGCGGGCAUGCUUGCUUUCUUGCAGUAUCAUAUGGAGAAGUUGAAUGCUUCAGUUAAAUUUUGUGGCUGUAUAUGGCUUGUGCUGUGUUUCUUCUUGGUUCGAAUCCCGACGUUGUGGGAUUCUUUAGGCCUCGGCUCAGUGAGGGAGGAGAUUGAGGCAGGAGAAUUGGAACAACAUCCAUUUCCAAUGAAAUGGAUACUUGAUAAGCUUCUUCUAAAUUCCACACUCGGCUAUGACCGGAGGGCGGGUUGCCGCACGAAGAUGAAGUCUGUUUUUGAUAAUCUUAAAGAUGAGGUAUGUAUUGGUAAAUAAAGCAGUAUGUAUGUAUAUGUGUGUCAUUCUUUAUAUUGACAACCAUAAAUCGAUUCUGAUCUGAUUUUGAAGUUUAAUUAAGCUGAAGCAAGUGUGCUGAAGUCCCUGGCAGAAUAAGUUUGAACGAGUUUUGUCCAUCUAUAUGUUGUUUUUGUGUCACUAUGUUAAGGUUCAUACACUUGAAUUUUUUUUUUGGUUUUGAUGUUGUAUUUGAUGUUUUAUUGAUAGCAAAUUUCCUGGACACCCUAUACCAAAUGGGUGCUUCCAGAUGAGCUAAAAGAAGAUAAAAAAUUCAUAACAAGACUCGGCCCCAUUUUUUGUAGCAAUUAUGUGGUUAAUCAUAAACCACAUUGUGUUACAAAACAAUUUGGAGGCUUCGAGCUUGACCGGUUCAUGGAUAGGGACAAGCUCGCUAUAUUUGAUCAUCCUCUAACAUUUGUGGAUAAUCGUGGCAGUAACAAGCACGAUUAUUACGAGUCAUAUAAGCGCGAGCUUAUGUUGUGGGCUAAAAGAGUGUGUGUUGAUGAUUACGCUGAUAACAAUGAUCGUCCUCCUUCUCGUUGUGCUCGUGAUCGUCCUCCUUCUCCUUCUCGUGCUCGUGAUCGUCCUCCUUCUCCUUCUCGUCACCGUCCACGUCAGCGUCGGAAUUAUACACGGGAGGAGGGUCCUCGGAGAGGCGAGCGUAAUCGACAUCCGAGUGUUAGGUUCUCGCCCAGCUGAUGAGCGGGGUUUUUUUUUAAGAAUUUGGAUUGUUGUAAAACCAUGUUGUACACGGGAGGAGGGUCCUUGGAUUGUUGUACAACUUCUCCA